CUCUGAGGGGACUGGGUCAGGGACUUGGGUUGUAGUUGAACAGAAGAUGUUUGGAACUUCCCAGCGCUGCUCCUGGGGGGGUUGGACCUUGGAUGAGUCCUGUUGAACGGUUAUGUUAAUGAUGGGAAUGUGGAAAUGAACAUGUGGGAAUGAAAUGUGCCCACAGGGAGUUUGAACGAGAGGGAGGGCUGCAGAGCCAUGGAAGAAUGAGAUGUCUUCCAGAAACGGUGGUAGAGAAAUGGUGAAAAUUUCUGCUCCAAAUUGGUGGAUUAUCAGUUAUAAGGGAUGGAAAAAAGGAGGUGGAGGUGGCCUAUGGGCUGUGACUGUAGCGUGGCUUUGGAAAAGGCAAAUGGGCUCUGAGGACAAGUCGAGUAAGGGACUUCCACUAGGAAGCACCUAGUGCUGCUGUGAAAGGCCCUGGUGAGACUUUGCUGAAGAUACUGUGUGCAGUUCUGGGCGCUCAGGGUGAAAAAAUACUCAAGUUGGAAGUGAGACACCGGAGUGGGGGGCAUGGACAGAGACUUCCUUACAAGACCAGAGCCUGUUUCGUCUGACCAAGCCAAGCUUGGAACAUGAAUCUUCAGAAGAUCUGUGGUGGGGGCAUGUAAGGAACUGACAGAACUAAUGCCUCAUCAAUGGACACAGAAAACCUCAAGGACAAGCUGCGGCCUUUGCAUUAGUCUAUGGAAUGUCACCCAAGGGAGCAGGACCUCCCACUCCCUUGCAGUUGCAUUGACAAACUCCUUAGAUAAGCCUUAGAGGGGCAAACAUGAACUGAGUGAAACCAAAUGUUUCCCCUUCAAGCACAAGUACCGCUGAUCACUGGCUCAGUUGUGUAAGCCAGAUACUUGGUGGCUCUGUUGUGUAAGCCAGACACCAUGCUUGCCUUUCUAAUGGCUUGGUGCCUUCGCCAUUGAAGAGGUGACAAGAACUGAUAAGAGGUGAUCAUUUCUGCCCCAGGAGCCAGAUGAUUGCUCAGGAAGCAAAGAUUGCUCAAAAAUGAAAGGCGGGCAGGGGAGAGUCCUCUAAGGAGGGCUGUAAAGAUUGCUGAGAAUGAGAGGGACUUACCAUGAAUGACAUGAAGCCCUUGGUACACACCUCAUCAAUGAACUGCAGAUGAACACAGCGUGCGCCUCAGAGGAUGGAUGUGCAUGUAGACUGGGACUCUGAGGAUAGCAUUUGUGACACAGGUGAGAAGCAUUCAAAUUAUUCCAGAAAGACCACUAAGCAGGUGGGCCACAUGUCUAGCCUCCAGAAGGAGGUAGGCAUGAAUUACUCGCAGAUGUGCAGUCCUCGUUGCAGCUCUGCUGGCCCUUCAGGUAAGCAGGAGCUUCCUGCAGAGUUGCAGCGUGAAGACAAAGAAACCUAUGAGCCCUACUACCAGAAACGAGGUGAGAGUACAGCUGGGGUAGCUGUCCCCUCCGGUACCAACUUUGACCUGCAGCGUGAAGAUACAGGUUUAGAGCACUGUUCUUCUGAGCAAUCCAAGAAACCGUGGAGAAGACUAUGUGGUGAUAAUGAAAACACCAUUCUUGCUGAUGUGUUUGAUGAGGAGCUGGAACCCAUCUCUGAGGAGCCUUUGCUGUAUCGGUGCAAGAAGUGUGGUUCCUCUUUCGAGUGUAUGAGCGAGCUGCAGGAGCAUAGGCGAACUCAUCUUGUGGAAAACUCAUACCGAUGUCCCGUCUGCGCCAAAGAGUUCUUCCGUGCGGCAAAUUUACGAAUGCACAAGCUCAUUCAUUCUAGUGACAGGCCACACAAAUGUCCGGAGUGUGACAAGGGUUUCAUUCGCACAGCUGAUGUCUGGAGGCACCUACGCAACGUGCACAAGAUAGAGCGCUCCAUGGUGAUCUUGGGAAAUGGCAUGGCUAGGAACCCGUGGUCAAUAGUGCACCGUAACCAGCACACUGUGGAGUACACUGAUCAGCCUUGUGCAGAAAACCAAAAGUCUGAGGAAGACGACUAUAAACCUUAUGCCUGUCCGACAUGCGGCAAAGGCUUUGAUAAGCCUAACCUGCUUUCCAAACACAAGGUAAUCCACCGGCAAGACAAGCCCUAUAAGUGUCAGGAAUGUGGCAUGGCAUUCGUCCAGCUGCUCAGGCUGAAGAGACACCAGCAAACUCACUCUGGGGAGCGCCCCUUCUAUUGCGAGGAGUGCGGAGGGACCUUCACCCGGCUGGCAUCGCUCCAGCGCCAUCACCGCAUCCAUACUGGAGAGAAGCCUUACUCUUGCAAUUUCUGUGGUCAUUCCUUCACCGAGUCAGGUACCCUGCGGAGGCAUGAGCGCACACACAAAUUGGAUAAAUCUUAAUUCUUAGUUCGUUUGUGAUUGUGCUCUCUUUGGUUGCUUCUUACCUCAAUGAGGUCCACUCAUCUAGGCUGGAGAAAGCACUCCACCGCAUGUGCUCUGGACAGUCCAGUCCCACUUCCCAGCAGUGCCUGACAGGGCACAACACUACAGCAUGGGGACUCUGGAACUUGUACUGGUAGAGAUUGCACUCACUGGCUUUAAACUGACUUUGUAUGAAAAAAUAGUCUUAAUUGCCACUGAGUAAUGAAAUGUGAGACUUUGGGAAGAUAGAACUCACUCAUAUGUGCUAGCACUGUCUCAGUUUGCUGAAUUGAUGAUGUAUGGACUAUGAGACUUCUCUCUGCUGUCUUGGUCACUGGAUAAAUUGGCCCUGCCCUCUUGAGUGUGAUGGCUCUUUGGCACUGGUUUGUAGAUCUGCUGUUGCAGGUCUUUGAUAAGUCAGAAUGGUCAGUUGUCCUGUCCCUUCUCUCCUUGCAUUCUGCUGAGUUUUUCUUUCCAUUACUUUUUUUUUAUUUGGAGGGGAGGUAUCAUGUUGGUUAUUU